GAACAUCAUCGCGACCACCACGACGGUGCGGUCGGCAGUUUCGCACAAGCCCUAGACUAAAGCAGCUAUCUAUUGCCAUGUGCAUCAUCCUGGACGAGUGCGUGUUGCUGAUUGUCCUGAGUCUGCAAGCGCUGACGAUUCUUCCUGCGAUCGCCGUGACGAGGGAAGUCGGCCUCGCCGUGCUCUCGCUCUACCUCAUCACGGCAUUGUUCUCGGUCACGUACGCGUUUCUGUACACGCUGCGGGAAUGCUGUCCAUGCAUCAACGCCCUGCAGCGCCACGGGUCCAAAUUCUUCUACGUCCUCCACAUCGGGCUCAUUGCCACGACCGUGGCGACCAUCUCCAUCUUGCUCGAACCGUUCCUGUCGGGCGUCGACUUCAGCGAGUAUUGCCUCACCAACGCAUUGGACCACAACUUGUCCAGCACGGGAUGUCUCAAGCUCCAGGGGUACACUGUCGUCGCGCUCAUGACGCUGACGCUCGAAGUGGGGCUGUCCGUGUACAUGCUCGUGUUGGGGCGGCGCAUCUCCAAGAAGCACGCGGUCGAGUACGCGCGUCUGGUGCGCGAGAAGAGCUUGAGCGACGCUGAGCUGCCGAGCGUCGUUCGCGGCAACAACUCGUUCCAGAAAAAGACCGGCAAGGCCACGCACGGAACCACCGCCGAAGUGAUUUAACAAGAAUCCAAUUCGCAUAUAUCUAUUAUUAUACGUGCGAUCCAUCCCA